GCCCGGCGGCGGGGGGUGGGCGGCGCUGUGAUGGCGGCGGCGGGGUGCGGGCAGCGCCGGGGGGGCUGCGCCGCUCCGACCUCGGGAGCCAUGGCAGGGAGACGCGGCAGGGCCCUGCCCUGAGGACGAGGAGGAGGCGAAGGACACGGCAGUGCCGAGGGGGCCCCGCCGCGGGGGCCGCCACCCGCGCCGCCGGGGAUGCUGCGGUGGGUCCGGCAGCAGCUGGGGUUUGACCCACCGCAUCAAAGCGAUACAAGAACUAUUUACAUAGCAAAUCGUUUUCCCCAGCAUGGCCACUAUGUUCCUCAGAAGUUUGCAGACAACCGAAUCAUAUCAUCCAAGUAUACAGUGUGGAAUUUUGUUCCAAAAAACUUAUUUGAGCAGUUCAGAAGAGUAGCCAACUUUUAUUUUCUGAUUAUAUUUUUGGUUCAGCUCAUGAUAGAUACCCCUACCAGUCCUAUUACCAGUGGAUUGCCAUUAUUCUUUGUCAUAACAGUGACAGCCAUAAAACAGGGUUAUGAAGACUGGCUACGGCAUAAAGCAGACAAUGAAGUAAACGGUGCUCCAGUUUAUGUUGUUCGAAGUGGUGGCCUAGUGAAAACUAGAUCUAAAAACAUUCGGGUGGGGGACAUUGUCAGGGUAGCCAAAGAUGAGACUUUCCCUGUUGAUCUGGUGCUCCUGUCAUCUGAUCGAGUUGAUGGUUCAUGCCAUGUUACUACUGCAAGUUUGGAUGGAGAGACCAAUCUUAAGACACAUGUUGCAGUUCCAGAAACAGCAGUGUUGCAGUCCGUUACCAACCUGGACAAACUUGUAGCUGUUAUAGAAUGUCAGCAGCCGGAAGCAGAUCUAUACAGAUUUGUUGGAAGAAUAACUAUAAGUCAACAAGCUGAAGAAAUCGUACGACCUCUUGGGCCUGAAAGUCUCUUACUUCGUGGAGCAAGAUUAAAAAACACUAAAGAAAUAUUUGGUGUUGCAGUGUAUACAGGUAUGGAGACAAAGAUGGCAUUAAAUUACAAGAGUAAAUCUCAGAAACGGUCAGCAGUAGAAAAAUCUAUGAAUUCAUUUUUGAUUAUUUAUCUAAUAAUCCUCCUCUUUGAAGCCAUUCUGAGUACUAUUUUAAAAUAUGCCUGGCAAGCUGAAGAAAAAUGGGAUGAGCCUUGGUAUAAUGAAAAAACAGAGCAUGAAAGAAACAGCAGUAAGAUUCUGAGAUUUAUUUCCGAUUUCCUUGCUUUUCUGGUACUUUACAAUUUUAUCAUACCUAUUUCACUUUAUGUGACUGUUGAGAUGCAGAAAUUUCUUGGAUCUUUUUUUAUUGGCUGGGAUCUUGACCUCUAUCAUGAAGAAACAAACCAGAGAGCACAAGUAAAUACUUCAGACCUCAAUGAGGAAUUGGGACAGGUAGAAUAUGUGUUUACAGACAAAACUGGUACAUUAACUGAAAAUGAGAUGCAGUUUCGUGAGUGCUCCAUUAAUGGCAUAAAGUAUCAAGAGGUCAAUGGUAAACUAACUCCAGAGGGGUUUUCUGAAGAUUCUCCAGAUGGAAAUAGGCAUAGCUUGAUGAAAGAGGAAGAACUCUUCUUGAAAGCAGUUUGUCUUUGUCAUACGGUGCAGAUCAAUACAGAUCAGACAGAUGGUGCUGAUGGUCCCUGGCAUGCCAAUGGAAUAGCAUCUCCAUUGGAGUAUUAUGCUUCUUCACCAGAUGAGAAAGCUUUAGUUGAAGCUGCAAGCCGGGUUGGAGUAGUAUUUACUGGAAUUAGUGGGGACAGUAUGGAAGUAAAAAGUCUUGGAAAACCAGAAAGGUAUAAAUUGCUUCAUGUGUUGGAAUUUGAUCCGAAUCGCAGGCGAAUGAGUGUCAUUGUAGAGAGUCCCUCAGGGGAAAAGCUUUUAUUCACAAAGGGAGCAGAAUCUUCCAUUCUUCCUCGUAGUAAGAGUGGAGAAAUAGAUAAAACAAGGGUACAUGUGGAUGAAUUUGCUUUGAAAGGACUAAGAACUUUGUGCGUAGCCUACAGAAGAUUCGCACCUGAGGAGUAUCAAGAAAUUGGCAAACGCCUUCAUGAGGCCAGGACUGCCUUACAACAACGGGAAGAAAGAUUAGCAGAUGUAUUCAACUUCAUAGAAAGGGAUCUGGAAUUACUUGGGGCUACAGGAGUAGAAGACAAACUGCAGGAGAAAGUCCAAGAAACUAUAGAAGCACUCAGGUUGGCUGGUAUCAAAGUGUGGGUACUCACUGGAGAUAAGCAUGAAACGGCUGUCAGUGUCAGUUUGUCAUGUGGACACUUUCACAGAACCAUGAACAUCCUUGAGCUUGUGCAACACAAGUCAGACAGUACAUGCGCAGAGCAACUGAGGCAACUAGCCAAGAGAAUAAAGGAAGACCAUGUUAUCCAGCAUGGACUGGUUGUGGAUGGGACCAGCCUCUCUCUUGCACUCAGGGAACAUGAAAAAUUGUUCAUGGAAGUUUGCAAAAGCUGUUCUGCAGUGUUGUGCUGUCGCAUGGCACCCCUCCAGAAAGCAAAGGUAGUGCGACUGUUAAAAACGUCUCCAGAGAAACCUAUAACGUUAGCAGUUGGUGAUGGUGCUAAUGAUGUGAGCAUGAUACAAGAAGCACAUGUUGGCAUAGGAAUCAUGGGCAAGGAAGGAAGACAAGCUGUACGGAACAGUGACUAUGCAAUUGCACGGUUUAAAUUCCUCUCUAAGUUGCUUUUUGUUCAUGGGCACCUUUACUAUAUUAGAAUAGCAACCCUUGUACAGUACUUUUUUUAUAAGAAUGUGUGCUUUAUUACACCACAAUUUUUAUAUCAGUUCUUCUGUUUGUUUUCACAACAAACGCUCUAUGACAGUGUAUACCUGACUUUGUACAAUAUUUGUUUCACUUCCUUGCCUGUCCUCAUAUACAGUCUUUUUGAACAGCAUGUGCAUCCGCAUGUAUUACAGAGUAAACCUGUGCUCUAUCGAGACAUCAGUAAAAAUGCCCAUCUGGGUUUUAAACCAUUUCUUUACUGGACCAUCUUGGGCUUCUUUCAUGCAUUUAUUUUCUUUUAUGGCUCGUAUCUUCUAAUGGGAGAAGACACUUCUCUGCUGGGAAAUGGCCAGAUUUUGAAACCUAACAGGCAAAUGAUGUUUGGAAACUGGACAUUUGGUACUUUGGUCUUCACCGUUAUGGUUAUAACUGUUACGAUGAAGAUGGCACUAGAAACUCACUUCUGGACAUGGAUAAACCAUUUUGUUACUUGGGGAUCCAUUGUAUUUUAUUUCAUAUUCUCCUUGUUUUAUGGGGGAAUUAUCUGGCCAUUUUUACAUACCCAGGACAUGUACUUUGUAUUUGUUCAACUGUUGUCAAGUGGUUCUGCUUGGUUUGCCAUAAUCCUCAUAGUAGUUGCUUGUUUGUUUAUUGAUGUUGUGAAGAAAGUGCUGUAUAGACAUCUACAACCAACAAGUACAGAAAAAGCCCAGAUGUACUCCAGCAGAGUUGCUUUAAGUGACGAGUUCAUCGCACUGCAGCCAUUGUCCAGGGCAAGGAAUCAGCUGAGCAAAAUUAGCUUGCUGAGGCAGGUUCAGGUAUCAACUGCUUGGACUCCAUGUGCUGCUUCUCAGAUGGGGAAACAGCAUGCACAUCUGUUAGAAGAGUGCUGGAACGAGUAAUGGGAAGAUGUAGUUCGAGCCGAGUCAACAGUGUUUGUAAGGUUACCGAAGAAACAUGCAUUUAAUCAAUUCAGGAAGAACUUAAGAAUGCAUCUGUCUGCCAAGGUAUAUUUUUCUAUUUGCAGUAAAUCUAAACCAGUAAUUUCUCUCUUAGUAGAACGUAGAAUUGGUUUGCGUAAGACCAGAUUUCUUUGGUCUGACGAAUAUUCUGGAUGGAAGUGGCCCUGGUUUUGUACUGAUGUCACAAAUCUUUUAAAAUUGCUUCUAUUCAAGGAGGGUUGAUUUUGUGCGUUUCUCUGACAGCUAAAGCGUAUGAAACCAUUUGCCGCACAUUGGGUGCAGUGUAGGAUUCUUCGUAAAGACUGAAUAAAAUGCAGCUCACGCAGUGCAACUCUAGCGUUCCUCUCUGGUUUAAAGUGCAUGGCUGAGGGGGAAUUUUCCCCAGAGAGGAAGGGUUUCAGAAUUACCUCUUAGCCUUGAAACCCAUAAUGUGCAGGAGAAGGGCCUGUGGUAGAUGUUCUCAGUCAAAAGCAAGACUGGGGUGUGGCCUCUUUACUAUGCAGAGUCUUAAGAAGCACCUUCUCCACAGCCACCUUCCGAAAGGGUUUGAGUUCUCAGCAGAUUUUAGUUCUUGUUCUGUGAAAAAGAGGGUUUGGUUUUGUUACUUAGAAAAACAGAGCUUUAGUUGCCAAAUCUACGCUUUUUACAGGGUGCAGUGGAGGAUAUAAGUAGGAACAUGCUCUGAAUUUUAGUUUGUGAAACAAUGUAAAUAUUCUGCUUAAAAUAUUCUGUAUAUUUUUUAAGGUUACAAGGGGAGUGAGGGGAAAUUAAUACAGAGGAAGGCAGGCUGAAAACUUGGGCUUUACAUUUUCAGAAUAAUGUGUUGUUUUCUAGUGCAAAAUAUGAUCUGAGAAAAGCUUAUGCAAUUUAGAAUGCAUAUUAGGCAACUAUAAUUUCUUACUGGAAACCUUUGUUAUUACUUUCAAACACGUGGGUUUUUUUAUGACAGUGUAACUUCUAUAUCGAGAAUAAAAAAAACCUCAUUUUCUAGUGUUAGAACUGUCUCAAGGCUGUAGUCCAUUUUACUUUUAAUAGUUUUAUCUGACACGUACUUCUAAAUAUUAGUGAUUUGAGUGAGAUUCGAUGUUCAAAAGUGCUCAAUCACAAUGUGCUUCUGAACCAUUUACUUUGAGAUUCUCUCUUUCUUGGCGUAGACUACGUAAUAACUCUCACUCCGCCGUCACGGCGCUCGCCUCGGCCUUCUUACUCAGCCAUCAUUGCUUUAAAGGAGUUCUUGCUAGAGCUGGGCGAACCGUUCGUCAUGGACUAAUUGAGCCUUUUUUCUGUUCCUAAAUGAUUUCCCAGUUGGACUUUCUCCUUUGCAGAUCUGUUUUUUUUCUGUCAAUGUUUUUAUUGUUGGUGGGUUUGUUUGUUCUUUGCUUCUGUUGUUUGCUUCCAGCGGCACGAUUUGUCUGGGUUCUUCUCUCUGGUGGAAUGACUCUUUAUAAACAGGAGGAGGAAAGAUGGGAUGCUCGUGGCUGUACCAGUUCUUGCUGUCAGUCGUCGUAGAAGCGCAUUCACAUUGGUAUUUGCAAGCUGCCUGCUUUCCGUAGAUGUUUUUCCUUCAGCUACAUACUGCUGGUAGAGGCAUCAGAAACCACCCGGAGAGCCCCGGGCGCUGCCCCGGCUGCUGUGGCUUUUCUUAAAAGGCACAUUCUCUUCACUUUGAAGUUUCCGCCUUGCCCAACUGCAGCCACGCUAUGAUGUUGUAGUAUAAUAAGUUCAUACAAUUGCCAUCAUUGUAGAUGCAAUUUUUUGUUUGUUGUUUCCAGUCUGUAUAAAUGCACGGACACGAAUAAAACCGGUGGGGCGAUGGGCUGGAGAGCUCUGUACGGAACAGGAAGGGGCAGCCGGGCCGCGGGCGGCUGUUACUGACACAGUGUGACUUGUCUGAAAGAAACACUCGGUGCACCUGACUGGCUUGCGGUGCAUUUAUUUUUUUCCUUAGCAGUUUUAAAGGAGAUAUUACUUCAUACAUCAGUGGGUUCUCAGCGUCUUUACAUUUUGGGAAUGGGAUAAAAGAUAACCCAUGGGGCGUAUUGUUCAGAAAGGGUAAAGUGGUUGAAAAUGAGACUAAGAUCAUUAUUGCAGCAAGGAAUAUAUAUUUACAAUUUCCAGUUACAGUCCCAUGAGAAAUUUCAAGUCCUAUGCACACGGAAACAACAAAUCACCGAGACUACAGUUUUUUUCACUGGUUUUUUUUUUUGAAAAGAAAAACUUGAAUUAUAUCAUAUCUGCAAGAAGUAUCCUUUUAAAGAUGAUGAUGAGCCUUAAUCUUAGGCAAAUAAGGGGCAUUGACAACUGGAAACCGUAGCAAUA